AUGUCCGCUUCUCCUUCAAAGUCUGCGUUUUACCGUCGUCAUAUUCGAUCCGCAUCACUCUCCCUUGGAAAGCCGGUGAUCUCCCCCGCUAGGCACUCUACUUCUUCUGUUAUCCCUGCUUUGACUCAGGCCCCUCCUGCUCCUGUUUGCGGUACCCCUACCCGUCAUCGUCGCAAUGCCUCUGCUUUUACGACGUUUUCUGUGAAGCCGAUUUACUCGUCUCCGGCACCGCGAACCAUCCCUGGAACACCAGUGAUGACAAAUUUCGAGCUAAGUUCUUCUUUGGACAAGAUGGUAGCUCAUGAAUCUCUUGUGAACGCAGCGCCUUCGAGCCAGCAAGUUGGACCGUGUGCCGGCACGCCUUCCAAGCAAAUGGACGUCAAUAUGAGCAUUUGGUCUGGCGCAGCAUCCUCGAGAGGGUUUGUCCAGCAGAUGCUCUUUUCUACCGUUGCCGCGUCGAAGGUUUCCCAGGAACAGCUUUCUUCUCACAUCGCUUCGCUCAUCUCGGAUGCUGAUGAAACGCCCGCUGAGGGCGCACUGGCGAAGCCAAUGGAAGCGACGAAGGGCCCGCAGACGUUGAAUCUUCCCCCCGCUCAUCCUAUGUAUCGUCUUCAUCUCUUGGUUGGGUGUGUUACAUCUACCACGCCGCAUCCGACAGCCCCUCAUCUCUGGGUCCACACAAUCCGACUUUCUUCGUCAGCUACUUGUGAGCGCACUAUCUUAUCUGGUUUGAAGAAGUUUUAUCCGAAUGGAGAUGAGAUGACGGGUAAAACGGUAGUUGUCGUCGCGAACCUGCCUGCUAAGAAACUUCGUGGCAUCAAGUCUGAAGGUAUGAUUUUGUGUGGUGUCCGGGAAGAUGAGGGAGGUGAGGUUGUCCGUUUGUUGGAGCCCCCUACUGAAGCUCGGGUUGGUGAGAGGGUGGUUGUUGAGGGGAUGGUUCUUCCUGGCACCGCGCAAAUCCACGCUGUUGAAGCCGCUGAGACAGCCUCGGGGAAGAUCCCUGCUGCGGCGCCUCUUCCGCCGAAGGUGCUUGGGAAAAAGGAGACUGUCUGGGAGGAGAUUGUUGGAGGUUUCACCGUAGGCAAUGAUAGCCUCGGGAGGUGGGAUGGAAGGAAAUUGUACAUUGAAGGGAAGGGGGAGUGCUUUUGCCCCGGCGUUGAAGGCGGCAAAAUCUGUUGA